ACGAGACACAGACGUUUCCGUUUCAUCCUCUGUCGGAUCCGCAAACUGGGUUUUCUGAUUUCUCAAACCAGAAGUAAGUUCAGAUUCUUCAUUUGCUCACUGUUAGCUUUCAUUUGAAGGGUUCAUUUGUUUCAGAUUAGGGUCGUUUGAUUUGGGGUUUGGUUGGUUGAGAAAGAUAGACGAAAAUGGAUAAGUUGAAAUUUGCUGAGUGGGGUGAGCGAUUGAAAACGGGUGGGGCUCAAAUGGGUAGAAUUGUGAGUGGGAAAAUGAAGGAAAUUCUGCAGGGUCCCACGCCGGAAUCCAAGAUGGUGGAUGAUGCCACAUUAGAAACCAUGGAAGAGCCCAACUGGGGCAUGAAUUUGAGGAUUUGUGGGAUGAUUAACAGUGAGGAGUUUAGUGGGUCUGAGGUUGUUAAGGCCAUAAAGAAGAAGAUUUCGAGUAAGAGUGGGGUGACCCAAAGGUUGAGUCUUGAUUUGUUGGAGGCCUGUACAAUGAAUUGCGAGAAGGUAUUCUCGGAGGUGGCGUCGGAGAAAUUGUUGGAUGAGAUGGUUAAGAUGAUUGAGAAUCCGCAGACUGAUGAUGAGAAUAGAGAAAGGGCUCUGCAGUUGAUUCGAGCUUGGGGACAGUCUGAAGAUCUUGCAUAUUUGCCUGUAUUUCGCCAGACAUAUAUGAGCCUAAAAGAAAGAGGUACACAUGUACCAAAUGUGGAUUCAUAUGUCCAGCAGCCAUCUGAGAAUUAUCCUGUUCCUGAUACAGGAGUGGAUGGUGCAAAUGAUGGUACCUUUGUCUUUAAUUAUGGGAGUCUGUCAGUUGAACAGAAAAAGGAAUUUUUUGAAAUAACUCGAAACAGCCUUGAAGUGCUCUCAAGCAUGUUAAAUACUGAAGGGGAGCCAAAACCAAUUCAGGAUGACUUAACAAUGAGCAUGCUGGAGAAGUGCAAGCACUCGCAGCCAGUCAUUCAGAUGAUCAUAGAAAGCACCACUGAGGAUGAUAUUCUCUUUGAGGCACUGCAUCUUCAUGAUGAGCUUCAACGAGUCAUCUCCAGAUGCGAAGAGCUGCAAGCUGAAUCAAAGUCUGGAGGACAAGAGCUAGAAGCUGGUUCCAAUUCUGGAGGACAACUGCCUGAAAACUCUUGUACAGCUGAGACCAAUGUCCCUUCUCAAGUUGACACCCCUAAUUCAUCCUUGAAGGCUGAGUCUAAUAAUGAAAAACCUGAGAGAGGUGAACCCCAGAGCUCAGACGGAACUCAUGAUGCUUCUUCAAAGGAUGAGACUCAUGGUGAAACUGAAACCAAGAGAGAUGAACCCUAGAAUGGAGAACAGCCAUGGAAGAAGCAUUGAAUGACAGCUUCAUGGGGAUUCUAUGUCGUCUGCUGUGUAGGUCUUGUUAAUGUCCUUUUGGCGCUAUCAGUAUCAACCCCUUUAACUACUUGCACUGAUAUAUGCAGUUAUGUACUUCCUGCCAAAUCAGAAUGCUAAUGAUUCUAGACUUCAAUUUAAUUUAUGGCUUCUUUCAAAUUUAAGUACAUUUUUUCUUAUUAUUCAUGCAAAAUAAAACAGGGUAUCACUU